AUGUCCUCCUCUUCCUCUUCCGCCAAACCCUCCUCCUCCUCCUCUGGCGCCAAGCCAUCGUCAUCCUCUUCUUCUUCCGCUGCUAAGCCCUCAUCAUCAUCCUCAUCGUCCGCCGCCAAACCAUCCUCUUCUUCCUCUUCUUCUUCCUCAACCCCAAAACCCGCCAGCCCACAAUCGAUGCCAACGAUCUCCGCCAACGCUUGGAUGUCAUUCUUCCUCUUCUGCUGUCUUGUGCUCAUCAUCCUCCAAGGGCCUUUGGGUCUGACGGGCGGGGGCAGUUUGCCUGGUGUGGCGCAGUGGGGUCAGUGGCCGAAUUGGGGCGGGGGGUGGUGGACUGGGACCGGGGGUUGGGGUGCGAUGGGGGGUGCACCGGGGUGUGUAGGGCUCGUAGCCGAAGUGAUACCAUGGUGCCAGAACCAAACUCCCAUCCAACCUCAACCUCAGCCCAUCCUCCGGAUCACUCAACCUCAAGUCAUCCAUCGAUACUCUCCGCCUAUCGCUCGAUACUUGCCCCACCCUCAGCCCCAACAGCCGAGAGUGGUAAGCUAUCAACAGACGCAGGGGUCUCAGAUGGGUGGACAGGGAGGGUUUGCGACGCCGGAAGGCGGGGCGGGUUGGAGUUGGUUUGCGAAUGGGCCGUCGAGUGAGAACACGGUCAGGCAGUAUGCUUCGCAGCCGCAGGGUCGACUUCAGCUGCAAGUAUCUACUGGACCUCAGCAGCAGCCAGGUAAGCCUCUAUCCCGUCUCUCUGCUUCCUUGCUUCAUGCUCGUCGUCAUCUGUUCCCUUCUCCACAUAUCCUGGAUCACUUGUGGUGUUUGUACCAACUGACGAAAAAGCCUAUCCAUCCUACGACUCCCUUCCACAACCGGUCCAAACCCAAAAUCAAUACGCAUGUACAAUCUACCAACCAUGGUACUGCGCUCCCAUAUACGCUUACGCUUACGAAUACCCCGCUCAUCUCUUACCCCCUACUCAUCCUCAACAUCCGCAUUAUCAAUACUACCUCCAACAACAACAACAACAACGGGCUGUUUAUCGAUAUCAACAACCAUACGCUCAACCUGGCGCUUACGCAAACGCAAAUGGGUAUUAUGCCAAUCCCAACAAUGCCGCCAACGCACCGCCACCUCCGGCUGGGUAUGCUUAUGGGAUGCAUCAACAAUCAGGCUCUAUCGUGCAACAUCAAUCACAAGGCGCCCCUCCUCCUCCUCCUGGACCGGGGCCGGUGA